UGAAACAUGUAUCAGCACAACAACGAACGUAUAGCAAGAUGGCCUUAGAACUAACGAACUGGUGCAUAGCAUCAGGAUUGAAGUGCUUGAAGCACGCUAAGCUCGCACACUGCCGCCUCCUCCGCCUCAACCUCCACCAUGACAACGACCUCCUCAGCAUCAUCCUCCGCUCUACCAUAAACUUCUCCAACAACGCCCAAUACCCAAUCCUCGUUUUCCACAAAACUCCAACAAAUUCAAACACAUUUCUCUACAACACCAUGAUCCGCGGCAUGGUGUCUAAAGACCGGUUCAACAACGCUGUUCAUCUCUAUGCUUCAAUGCACAAAGCUGCUAUUGUUCCUGAUAGCUUCACUUUCAGUUUUGUACUUAAAGCUUGUGCAAGACUCAACCUUUUUCAUCUGGGUGUGAUGAUACAUUCGCUUGUGUUUAAGACUGGUUUUGAUUGUGAUGUUUUUGUGAAAACGAAUGUGGUUUGUUUUUAUUCAAAAUGUGGGUUUUUAAGGGAUGCAUGGAAGGUGUUUGAUGAUAUGGUUGUGAAAAAUGUUGUGUCUUGGACUGGUAUGAUUUGUGGGUGUAUUGAGUUUGGUAAGUUUAGGGAAGCGGUUGAUUUGUUCAGAGGGUUGUUAGAGAGUGGUUUGAGGCCGGAUGGUUUUGUUAUUGUGAGGGUUUUGCGUGCUUGUGCUAGGUUAGGUGAUUUGGAAAGUGGGAGGUGGAUUGAUAGGUGUAUGAGGGAGUGUGGUUUGUCUAGGAAUGUUUUUGUGGCAACUUCUUUGGUGGAUAUGUAUACGAAAUGUGGAAGUAUGGAGGAAGCGAGGUUUGUGUUUGAUGGAAUGGUUGAGAAGGAUAUUGUUUGUUGGAGUGCUAUGAUUCAGGGUUAUGCGUCGAAUGGGUUGCCUAGAGAGGCAAUUGAGUUGUUUUUUGAAAUGAGGAAGGUAAAUGUGAGACCGGAUUGUUAUGCUAUGGUGGGAGCUCUCUCUUCAUGUGCGAGUUUGGGAGCGUUGGAGUUGGGAAAUUGGGCUAAGGGUUUGAUGAAUUAUGAGGAGUUUUUGUCUAACCCUGUGUUAGGUACUUCCUUGAUUGAUUUUUAUGCAAAAUGUGGAAGCAUGGAGGAGGCUUUGGGGGUUUACAAAAUGAUGAAGGAGAAAGAUCGCGUGGUUUUCAAUGCUGUUAUUUCUGGACUGGCUAUGUACGGACAAGUUGGAGCUGCAUUUGGUGUUUUUGGCCAAAUGGGGAAGUUUGGAAUUCCGCCGAAUGAGCAUACUUUUGUUGGUUUGCUUUGUGGAUGUACUCAUGCCGGUCUGGUUGAUGAUGGCCGUCAUUAUUUUAAUAGCAUGAGUCAUGACUUUUCUGUAACUCCUACUAUUGAACAUUAUGGAUGCAUGGUGGAUCUCCUAGCCCGUGCAGGUUUCUUAGAUGAAGCACAUAAUUUGAUCAAGGGUAUGCCAAUGAAGGCUAAUGUUAUUGUUUGGGGGUCACUGUUGGGAGGAUGUCGGUUGCAUCGGGAAACACAGUUGGCUGAACAUGUGCUGAAGCAGCUGAUUGAGUUAGAACCAUGGAAUUCGGGACAUUAUGUUCUCUUAUCAAAUAUAUAUUCAGCAAGUCGUAGAUGGGACGAGGCAGAAAAAAUCAGGUCAACAGUGAAUGAGAAAGGGAUGCAAAAGUUACCUGGGUAUAGUUGGGUUGAAGUUGAUGGGGUUGUUCAUGAAUUCCUUGUGGGGGACACUUCCCAUCCGUUAUCACAGAAGAUAUAUGAAAAGCUUGAAAGCUUAUUUAAGGACUUGAAAGAAGCUGGUUAUAAUCCGACCACCGAGUUUGUGCUCUUUGAUGUAGAGGAAGAGGAAAAAGAGCACUUCCUUGGCUGUCAUAGUGAGAAAUUAGCUGUUGCAUUUGCACUGAUCAGUACUGGUGCCAAAUAUGUGAUUCGUGUUGUUAAAAAUCUUCGUGUAUGCGGUGAUUGUCAUGAGGCAAUAAAACACAUUUCAAAAGUUACAGGGAGAGAGAUAGUCAUUAGGGAUAAUAAUAGAUUCCAUUGUUUCAGUGAUGGUGCAUGUUCUUGUCGGGAUUAUUGGUAAAAUUUUGAUGUAUAUUCAGUUCUAAAAUUGAGUUCAUUGUUUGCAUCCCUUCAAAAUUUUGUCAACCUUUACAUAAAUUCGAGAAGGGGAUAAAUAAAAUAUGUGACAUAUUGCACCUGCCUUGAAUGUAGUGGAGAUCCAAAAUAGUUUUGUUGCAUUCGGAUGAAGAAAUGGCCACUUGUUUAAUCCACCUGCAUAUCUAACUUCAUAAUUCCUCCCAUACCUUAACUUGACAUAGAUGUAUGGGUCCAAAAUUGAACUCCGGAGUUGCAGUUGUCUUUGAAAAUAUUGUUUUCCCGAGGUCUGGAACAAUUGCAAGUGAGCACUUGAAUUACUGAGUUUCUGUCUAUUUUUUCAUUCAGUAUGAGCCCAAUUAAUUUGAUAUUGUGGAAAAACUUUGCACGACGAACUUACUAAUCGGGUGGAGAACUUAACAAUAGUUUUAGAGAUAAACUACACAUGCAACUUAGACAAUGUCAGCCAUUUGAAGUUUAGCAAGUACGGCACACAUUUUAUAGCAAGUGGUUGGGAUGUCAUACUGCAAUUACAUAAAUGAUAAUCUACCAGCAGAGGCAAGCAUUCAGAUUUUAAGCUGGAAAUUUGAACUAUGAAUUCUCUUAACAUGAAGAUGUAUUGGGUUUCUAGUUUUCACCUCUUGUAUUGUCCCUGUAGCACAUCCAGGUAAUUGUAUCUACUCAUACACUGCCCAUAAGUUCUUAAUGGAGAGUACAAAAAUGUGAAUUAUUUUACAAGUGUUGGAGCCUGACAAAGGGAGAGCUUCCAAACAUGUUAUGUUGCACGCUGAUAAGCUCCCCAUAUCAGUUACAUCAACUUCUGAGCUGUGCAGCAAUGCUGAGCAGCAGCUGCCCCUCAAUGACAUUUUUGUUCCUCUACAAAGCAGAUACCCCAGUGCUGCUACUGUGUCAGCUAUCUUUGUUGGGGAUCCAAUUCUAAGCAAGCAAGCUGCCUCAUCUAAAAUAGCUACUUAGGAUGCUACUAUUACCACUCCCAUUACCACUUAUGAUGAGAAUCUUGGACCUGACAAAGGCAGGAUAUCUCAACCUGCCAACUCUAAAAAUACUUUUGAAGCUUGCAAGAAAAGUGAAAAACUUCUAAGCAAAUUAUGGGCUGAUAAAUUGGAUUCUGAUCAUGCUUCUGAUGAGGAGAAGGAUAUGAGUGAUGAGCAAGAGCAGAACCUUGAUAGAAAUAUUGCGGAGGGAAGUUUAUUCACUCCUUUUAUGUCAAGAAGGCAGAAGAAUAAUAAGAAGAAGAAACAUGCCAAUAAGCUAAAUGAUACAGGGGUUCAACAACACAUUUAGUGAACAAAUACAAACUCGUUCUAAAAAGGGUGUCAUCAAAAGCAAUCCCAAAUAUUUGUAAUUGUUUGGAUGGUUGAAAAUUCUUUCUUAGUGGGAUAUUUUUGAUUGUUUUGA